AUGGCUUCGAAACGCAUUACUAAGGAGUUGAAGGAUCUGCAGAAGGACCCUCCCGUUUCCUGCAGUGCUGGCCCUGUUGGUGAUGACAUGUUUCAUUGGCAAGCUACUAUCAUGGGUCCAGCAGACAGCCCUUAUGCCGGUGGUGUAUUCCUGGUCACCAUUCACUUCCCACCGGAUUAUCCAUUUAAACCACCAAAGGUUUCCUUCCGAACCAAGGUAUUUCACCCUAACAUAAACAGCAAUGGAAGUAUCUGUUUGGACAUUCUGAAAGAGCAGUGGAGUCCUGCCCUUACAGUUUCUAAGGUGCUACUGUCAAUUUGCUCCCUAUUGACAGAUCCCAACCCAGAUGAUCCUUUGGUGCCUGAUAUUGCACAUAUGUACAAGACAGACAGGGCAAAGUACGAGAGUACCGCCCGUUCUUGGACUCAGAAAUACGCCAUGAGCUAG